ACCCAAUCAACCAGUCCUACAGAAAAAAAACUGUUCCCCCUGACAGUCCCUUCAUGUGCCAUCGGAAUAGGAAGGAUAGAACUCCAUUGUUCCCUUGUGCUGUCGGCCUGCGUCAGCCUCCUGCACAAGGAUAAGACCACCUCUUCUUUCCUUCCUUGUUCUGCUGGGUUGGUUGAUUGCCCUUCGCGAUUCACCGUUAUUUUCAACCACAGCCAUACGCCAGAGUCUGUAACACCCUACUCGCUCCGUUCGUCGUAAGACUGUUUCCCCAGUCUCGACGACACUAUGGCUACCACCCGCCCGUCCGACGCAGUUCGCAGCUGCUACCCGCCUUUCCCGCGGAAGGACUCUCGCUGUCCCUCGAGCCCCUCUAACGUCUCGCAGCAGCCGCACCACCAGUUGAGGAAGGCGAUGGAGUCGCGAUUGGCGGCGUCGUCGGGGGCAGUUUCGUCAAAUCGCGCCUGCGAAAACCCAGCCAAGGCCUCCUCUAGCUCGCAUUCCUCGUCGGCCCCGUCGUCAUUGCCACGCGUCAUCCCGAAAUCCCGCAGCAGCGGCGCGCUUCUCGCCUCACUAACAGUCCCGCUGAGGGCCGGAGCCGGGGCCUAUUCUCCCCUCCGUUCUCCCACCGAAUCACCCACCGCCGCCACGUCUGGUAACCAGAUGGAUGCUCAGAUGGUAACAACGGACGCUUUCUCUCGGCUGCCCAACGAUGUCGUCAUCGAGAUCCUUUCGCAUCUAGGUGGCGGUGCGCCGGACGUGCUCGCGGCAUCUAUGACGUGCCGCCGCUGGCAGGCGCUCACCCGCGCCAUCCCCGUCAUGCGCUUCCUUCCGCGCGACAUGGGGCGGGCGGGCGGAAACGACUGCGCCUCUGCGCUCCCCGCCUGCUCCGCUAUCCAGCGCGAGGAGCUUGUAUCGCGUAUGGUGCUGAAGUCCAACGGCCUGCAGCACCUUCAGGUCACCUCCUCCCUCCUCCCGCCGCCCCCCGCUUGCCCCUGCCCUACGCGCUCCGCAUCCUCCACAUCAUGUGAGGGCGGAACCUGCAGCGGGAACUCCGCCUCCGCCCCGCAGCAGCAGCAUGACCAGCAGCAGCAGCAACACGAGCGGCACCAGCAGCACCCGCGGGAGUUUAUCUUCGAGGCGUGGAUGCGCCACGCGGGCCCGCAACUCCAGUCACUCGUCCUCUCCCGCUCGCUCAACGCCGCCGCGAAUGGCGGCGGCUCGACGACGAUCAACGUGUGGGAGAACGAGGAUCUCAGCUUGCAUCUCGGCCACAUCUCGCGGCACUGCAAGUCCCUGCGGUCACUCACGCUCGGGUCGCUUUCCCUCGCGGCGCCUGCUCUCGAGUCGUGCCUGCGCCCCAUGCCCAACUUGCACAACUUGUCGCUUUCCUGGAUUCACCUGACGAACGAGUGCCUCCAGGUGGUUCUCGACGCGACUCCGAAUCUGCGGCGCUUGACGAUUUUCAUGGCGACGGGCUGCCCGCAGAUUUCUCUUCGCCUGCCCGCGUCGUUGGAGCACAUCGACUUCGCUUACCUGCGCGCCGAGUCGUGUGCGUUCGAGAACGCCUCCUCCCUGCGAUCCGUCUCCAUUCGCGACAUGUUCGUGCGAUCGGUAACCAUUCGCCAGGCUCCUCGCCUUCGCAACUUCUCUGUCGCCAGCGCCAGCCUGUUAGAAGUCUCUGCACCCGAUUCGUGGGAGAUCACUACCCUCGAUCUUAAAGCGGGUUCUUUCUGCUGGUCCUCGCUACAAGCACUUCUUCGCGGAAGCGGCUCGGCUCUCGACUCGCUCGCCCUCGAUUUCUUCACUGCGGGAGCCGGGGCGCUCUCCUCGGGAAUCUUCUCGCUCUUCUGGCUCGCUUCCAUGUGCCCCGCGCUUCGCGCCUUGAAUCUCGGCGCGCUGCCGUGGCAGCUGGUGCUCUCCUGGGCCACGACUUCCGGCGCGCUUCAGCCGGCGGGAUCCGCGGCGGGAUCUGAGGCGCGGUGGCCGCAGCUCGAGGAGCUUAAGCUGAAGGUGCAGGAGCAGCGGCCCGAGGCGCUGCUGCUGCUGCACGCGCUACUGACGAACGUGCCGACCCUUAAGUCGCUCCAAGUGGCGACGGCAGUGGAGGAGGAAGAGGAGGAGGAUGAUCAGGAGGCGGAAGUCGAGGAGGAAGAGGAAGUGGAGGAGGGAGAGGAGGAGUAUGAAGAAGAGGAUGAGGUUGAGGAGUAUGAAGAGGAGUACGAAGAUGACAUGGACGAGGGUGAUUGGAUGGAGGUGGAUGAGGGUGCAGAGAGCGAUGAGGAACUUGACGACGACGAUGAGAGCAUGCCCGUCAGAACCGGCAGAGAUGCCGCUCAGCGUCAAAUGAGCCGGCAGGAGUUGUUCCUCAAGGGGCUCGUGUGUCUCCAGCAACGGUUCUCUGACGUCAACGUCUUUCUGCCGCUGCUGGCUAGACGGUCAACCGCUUGAAUUGAGCAGCAAGCAAAGCAACCCUUAGCUUUUUAGGUUGAGUUACACGUGUUGAAUCUCAGUAAGGCACAUUUUUGUUGUACCAGUACAUCAUCAAAGAACGACCGGUUAUUCGUACUUC